AUGUAUUUUGCUGAACUUGCAAUAAUAUUAUCAUCUUGCUUCCACUCCUCAACCAGUUUUGGAUUAAACGGCCUCAGCAAUGGAUAUCGAUUCUUCAUCAAAGAACUGAAUACUUCAUUAAAUUUGUUUGAUGCGCCUGAUAUUGAGACAAACUGGAUUGAACAACCGUUAGACCACUUCGAUAGUAAUGAAUCCCGUACGUGGAAGAUGAGGUACUUCGAAAGACUGGACUUAUGGAGAAACAAAGGACCCAUAUACCUGUUCAUCAACGGUGAAGGUGAAGCUAGUGAAUGGUUUCUUCGAACCGGCAUAAUGUAUGAUUUAGCAAAAGAAACAAAAGGAGCUAUGUUUCUAUCAGAACACAGAUAUUACGGGAAAAGUAAGCCUUUUAAAAACAUCAAUACAGAAACCUUAGCUUACCUCAGCUCCAGACAAGCUCUUGCAGAUGUAGCAAAACUACUUGAAACGAUUAAAAUGUCACCUGAGUAUAAAGAAUCUAAAGUUGUUGUGGUAGGAGGGUCUUACGCAGGCAACUUAGCGGUUUGGAUGAGACUUCUGUACCCGGAUUUAGUUGAUGCUGCUAUAUCCAGUAGUGCUCCAGUUUUAGCCAAAAAGGAUUUCUACGAAUACCUAGAAAAUGUGAGUGAUGACUUCGAACAACAAGGGACGUCUGGAUGUUAUGACAAAAUUGUUGAAGUAUUCAAAAGGUAUGAUGAAUUAUUCAAAACCGAUUCCGGUAUUGCUCAGCUAAAAGAAGAAGAACAGAUUUGUAACAACACAGACAUGAGCAAACCAGAGAACAAACAGCUGUUUUUCCUCGAUAAAGCUUCUGAAUUUAUGUAUGAAGCUCAAUAUGGAAGUCCUGAGAGUAUAAAAAAAUUAUGUGAUGAAAUAAUAACUUAUUCAAAAGUAUUCUCAGCUAAAGAUGAUGAAACGGAUUUGUGGAGCGAAAGGAAUAAUUGUUUUGAUUACGAUUUUGAUGCAAUGGUGGAGGCUAUGCGAGACGUAGACUGGGUUAUGUCGUGGACUUACCAAACUUGUACAGAAUUUGGUUACUUUAUGACCACUGCUUCAGAGAAUCAGCCUUUUACGGAUAAUAUACAUACAGACCUGUUUUACAGUUUAUGUACUAAAACUUAUGGUGAAAAAUUUGACGAAAAAAGAAUUGAUGAAGGUAUUGAACGUUCUAAUGAAUUGUAUGGUGGUUUGCAACCUAAUGUAACGAAUGUAGUUUUUGUUAAUGGUGACUUAGAUCCGUGGCAUAGGCUUGGAGUUUUAGAAGAUGUUUCAUAUGAAGCCCCAGCUAAAAUCAUACCUUUAUCCUCACACUGUAGGGACUUGUUUUCGGAUAGACCUAGGGAUCCCGAAGAGUUGAAAGAAGCUAGAAAGUAUAUUAAGUAUUUGAUUAAGAAAUGGAUAGGCGCUGGAGAAUAUAAAAUGCCUUAG